CCGCCCAGCGAGGCGCUACUUCCGGGUCGGCGUUGAUCGCUGCUCGUGGCGAGCUUAAGUGGCUUUGGGCAAGCCUGCGGGCGGGGCUGAGGCCCGCGCGCGGCUGGAGAUGCUGGGGGGCGGCUCUGGUGCUCGGGAGGACAAAGCCGAGGGCGCCCGGGCGGGAGCUAUAGCCUCGCCGCCCGCUAUCGACUUUCCGGCCGAGGGCUCGGAUCCCAAGUAUGAUGAAUCUGAUGUGCCAGCAGAACUCCAGGUGUUAAAAGAACCCCUACAACAGCCAACUUUCCCUUUUGCAGUUGCAAACCAGCUACUGCUUGUUUCUUUGCUGGAACACUUGAGUCAUGUGCAUGAACCAAACGUACCUCGAUCAAAACAGGUGUUUAAAUUACUUUGUGAGACCUUUAUCAAAAUGGGGCUGCUGUCUUCUUUCACCUGCAGUGAUGAGUUUAGCUCAUUGAGACUACAUCACAACAGAGCUAUUACUCAUUUAAUGAGGUCUGCCAAAGAGAGAGUUCGCCAGGAUCCUUGUGAGGAUAAUUCUUAUAUGCAGAAGAUCAGAUCCAGGGAAAUAGCCUUUGAAGCACAAACUUCACGUUACUUGAAUGAAUUUGAAGAAAUUGCCAUCUUAGGAAAAGGUGGAUAUGGAAGAGUAUACAAGGUCAGGAAUAAAUUAGAUGGCCAGCAUUAUGCAAUUAAGAAAAUUCUGAUUAAGGGUGCAACUAAGACUGACUGCAUGAAGGUACUACGGGAAGUAAAGGUGCUGGCAGGUCUUCAACACCCUAAUAUUGUAGGCUAUCAUACUGCAUGGAUAGAACAUGUUCAUGUGGUCCAGCCCCAAGGCAGAGUUCCUAUUCAGUUGCCCUCUCUUGAAGUGCUCUCUGAUGUGGACAGGGAUCAAUAUGGUGUUAAAGACAAUGAAAGUAGCAGCUCGUCAAUCAUCUUUGCUGAGUUUACCUCAGAAAAAGAAAAACCCUUUGGAGAAUGUGACAUCGAAAAUCAGAAUAACAAAUUGGUGAACUACACCACAGAUUUAGUUAUAAGGGACAGCAAUGAACUUGAGUCAUCCAUUAAUCUCCAGGAAAAUGGCUUGGCUGAUUUGUCUGACAGAUCGAUUGUCAAACAUCAGCUGCCAGUCAGGCAUAAUUCAGACUUGGAAGGGAAUUUCACAUCCACUGAAGAGUCUUCUGAAGAAAACUUUAACUUGUUGGGACAGACAGAGGUGCAGUACCACCUGAUGUUGCAUAUCCAAAUGCAGCUGUGUGAGCUCUCCCUGUUUGACUGGAUAGCCGAGAGGAACAAGCGGAACCAAGAGUGUGUGGAUGAAGCUGCCUGUCCUUAUGUUAUGGCCAGUGUUGCAACAAAAAUUUUUCAAGAAUUGGUGGAAGGUGUAUUUUACAUACAUGACAUGGGAAUUGUACACAGAGAUCUGAAGCCUAGAAAUAUUUUUCUUCAUGGUCCUGAUCAGCAAGUUAAAAUAGGAGACUUUGGCCUGGCCUGCACAGACAUCAUACAGAAGAAUUCAGAUUGGACCAAUAGAAAUGGGAAGGGUACACCAACACAUACUUCCAGAGUGGGUACUUGUCUGUACGCCUCACCUGAGCAAUUGGAAGGAUCUGAGUACGAUGCCAAGUCAGAUAUGUACAGCUUGGGUGUGAUCCUGCUUGAACUCUUUCAGCCCUUUGGGACAGAAAUGGAGCGAGCAGCAGUUUUAACAGGAGUAAGAACUGGUCACAUACCUGAAUCCCUUAGUAAAAGGUGUCCAGUACAAACCAAGUAUAUCCAGCACUUAACUCGGAGGAAUGCAUCUCAGAGACCAUCUGCUCUUCAGCUGCUGCAGAGUGAACUUUUCCAAACUUCUGGAAAUGUUAAUCUCACCCUACAGAUGAAGAUAAUAGAGCAAGAAAAAGAAAUUGAAGAACUAAAGAAACAGCUAAGCCUUCUUUCUCAAGACAGAGGUCUUAAGGAUGGCCUGCAAACCUGAGGCUACCCAAGCACCCAGGUCCCCUCCUGCCAGGCUCUGUCUCUCUUUCAAAGCGUAGCAGGCACAGGCCAGGCUCUAAGAGCCGGGUGGCUGAGUGGAAGGGAGAAAGAAAAGAUGGCAUGUAAAAUGGGAGCUUACCUGUCUAGCCUUAAUUUAGGCUACAUCAGUAAUAUGAAAGUGGACUUACUUCUUAGAAUAAGUAACUGGAAUGUAAACUUUCAAUCUUCAGUAGGAUAUAGAUUGUAUAAUUCUUAAUUGUAUUUAGGAAACCUGUAGAAGACUUAUUAAAGAUGUAAAAGUAC